AUGCAGUGGUGCUUCCUCUUGCUCUGGGCCGAGGGACUGAGGCAGGCUUCCCUCGCUGAUGCAGCUGUGGCAGGCAAAAUAGUAACAGCAGGGAACAUUUCUGCAGAGGAAGGUGGCUCUGUCACCUUACAAUGCCACCUCUCUUCCACCACUGCCAAAGUGGUUCAGGUCAACUGGGAGCAUCAGGAGCAACUUCUGGCCGUUUAUAAUGCUGACCACGGGUGGCACGUUCAGUCCUCCUUCAUCGGCCGAGUGAUUCCGGGCUCUAACCUGGGCCUUGUUCUACAAUCGCUGACCACGAACGACACAGGGGAAUACAUCUGCAUUUAUUAUACCUACCCUGAUGGGAUAUACAAAGAGAGACUCUUUCUACAGGUCCUGCAGAACUCAGCCGCUGAGUGGCGCCCUAGCUUCCAGAUCCUGUUGCUGGGAGCCCUGGCUGCAGUGCUGGUGGUCGUCUGCACAGCUGUCGUGGUAGUGGUUGCUCUGGCCAGAAAGAACAAAUCUCUCAGAACCCGUGCUGUGGAAAGAGACCUCGGAAGAAUGGCGUCUGAGCAUGAGAACAGAAGUUCCCCCAGUUUGUCCUUCCCUGGAAGUUGUAUCCAGGCAGCAGCUGCCCCUGUCAACCUGUGCAGAGAGCAGAGUGAGGAUGAUUAUGCUGAGCCUCACGACUACUUCAAUGUCCUCAGUUACAGGAGCCUCGGGAGAUUCAGCUUCCUGCCAGAGACUGGUUAGCUCCUGGAGGCAACUCCAGGAGACACAUAUCUGGUUGUUAUUACACAUGAGG